AUGGAAUCCAUAGAUUUAAUUAGAUCUAGUGUACCAAUCAAUUAAUAGGCAAAAAUCAAUGAAAUACCUGUCAAAGAAUUUGAUUAACAUGUAAUUUAUUGUUUUAAUUUAGAAAACUCCUUGUCUUAAUUAAAUAUGCAAUAAACAUAAUAAAGAAAUAAUUAUGCUGAAUGUUAAUCAUACCGAACCUAAAUUUGGUCGAUUGGCAUGUGUAGAAUGUAUUCAAGAAAAUCCUAUUCAAUAUAUUAGUUUAAAAGAAGCAAAUAAUAUGUGGAAUACUUUUAUUGGAUAAUCAGAAGAUUUAAUUUCUAAACAUAAUUUUAGAAGAGAAAAAACAUUUAAAUAGGUUAUAGAAGAAAUUAAAUAACUAAGAGAUUAUUAUAAUAAUUCAUUAUCAGAAAUGUUGUCGUCAAUAGAUGAACAGCUAAUUAAAAAUAAUAAAGAAUUUUUAGACUUCCUUAAAUUAGAAAAUUAAAGAUAGAAAUAAUAAUUGUAAAUACUGUUGUUGUUUUAAUAUCACCAACAAAUUAAAGUCACACUUCUAGCAAACAAGAAUAAAUUGGAUGCCAAUAAUUAUGUUGCCAAAAAGCAAUCAGUAAUUAUUAAUGUAGUCUUAUUAAAGGAUACAACUUUUUUUUUAGUUUGA